UUUUGGAAUACUUUUUUUUCGGAACACCUUUUGAUUCUUUCUAUAUAUACAAAUACAACCCACUUCUUCCUCGUAGAUUAAUGCUCUCUACGUCUUUUCUCUCUCUAGUUGCCUAUGAUGCAAGAAUUAAGCUUAGAAUGUUUCUCCAACGACGUCGUUCGCUUAGACCUAACUCCUCCUUCCCAAGCCUCACCUAUUUCUCUCUCCAUAGACGAAGAAGAAUCAUCGGAGUCUAAGAUCCGACGGCUGAUAUCGGAGCAUCCAGUGAUCAUCUUCAGCAGAUCUUCUUGUUGCAUGUCCCACGUCAUGAAAAGACUCCUCACUACUAUCGGAGUCGUCCCCACCGUCAUCGAGCUCGAUGAUCACGAGGUUUCCUCUCUCCCCUUGGCUCUUGAAGAAGAAUUUCCCGGCGGCGUUCUUCCGUCUCCGGCGGUUUUCAUUGGCCGUGAGUGUGUCGGUGGGUUUGAGUCCCUCGUCGCGCUCCAUCUAAGUGGUCACCUUGUCCCGAAGCUUGUCGAAGUUGGAGCUCUUUGGGUAUGAUUGUAAUCUACUUCUUGUUUUUUUUGUGUGUCAACAUUUACUUCUUGCUUUUCAAUAGUAUUUUACAAUAUCAAAAGCAGAAUUUUUAGGGUUUCUUUUUUCUGAUUAUUCUCCGAUGAUCAAAGUUAUAUAUACCCAUGUAGAAAAUGAAUUAUGAAUAAUAAUUAAA